AUGCAAGUUCAAGGUCACCCUCAAGAAUUGCUCAUUGGGAUCAUUGUUUUAGCAAUAUGGAGCAAGUCGGGUGAAGCAAUUUCUUGCAGUAUAAUUACAGAUGUGAUGCAAUAUGGAGCUGUUGGAGAUGGAGAAAUAGACGACUCCGAAGGUUUUAUGAAGGCUUGGGAAAGCAUUUGUAAUUGUGAUAUAAGCUCCGCAAUCCUACUAAUACCGGCAGAAAGGACAUUCUUGUUAAAGCCAGUCAGGUUUCAAGCCUGUAAAUCCUCCCCAAUUAACAUCCAGGUUUUCGGAGAUAUCAUUGCAACAACUGACACUACAGCAUAUGAUGAUCGUGACAAUAAACAGUGGCUCGCUUUCUUUAGUGUGAAUGAUCUCGACAUCAAUGGAAAUGGAAAGAUUGAUGGCCAAGGUGCAAUUUGGUGGCAGAAGUUCGACGAAAUCGGCGGGAGACGACCCACUGCAUUAACGUUCGACCAAUGCAACAACCUUCAACUUAGUGGAUUGACACAUAUUAAUAGUGCCCAAGACCACAUCCAUUUUUCUGGGUGCAGCAAUGUCCUUGUCUCUGACCUUCAUAUAACUGCUCCAGAAUCGAGCCCUAACACUGAUGGCAUUGACAUUAGUCACUCCAGCAAUAUCCAAAUUCAUGAUUGCACCAUUGGAACUGGUGAUGAUUGUGUUGCCAUUGGAGGAGGUUCCUCAAACAUCAAUAUAACUGGUGUGACGUGUGGACCAGGCCAUGGUAUAAGCAUCGGAAGCUUAGGAAAAAAUGGAAAGAGUGACACAGUAGAAGAAGUGUAUGUCAAGGACUGCACUCUGAAAGGAACAACAAAUGGAUUGAGGAUCAAAACUUGGCAAGGAGGAUCUGGACACGCUAGACAGAUACAUUUUGAAGGGAUUACACUUGAUGCAGUUGACAACCCUAUCAUCAUUGAUCAGUACUACUGUGAACAUAAAUCAGCUUGCAAAAAUCAAGUAAUUCCAGCUGCCAUCCUGGCAAAAUACAUGCUAUACAAGGCUUUUCUUUUCUUUUUUUUCUAAUAUAGAAUAUUGUGUGAUUAUCCACCGGUUAUUAAUUUAUAUUGAUAUCAUAUACUUUAGCACAAAAAUUUAAUUUCUUAUCUCUAAUAUUUAAAUAAAACUAAAAGUUUGAUUCUCUUUUGAUUCAGCGAUUUAAAUUUUAAGAGUAUUUUUUUUACAAAAAGAAGAUUAAUUAUACAAAUUUUGAUUUCACCAUUCUUAAAAGUGGAAAAAUCACAUGCUAAUAAUCUCUCUCUAUAAAUUGAAUUAAAUCAAAAUAUAGCAGAUUCACCAAUAAGUUUCUUUUCUGUUAAUCUAUGUCACAGACAUCAGCAGUGAAAGUGAGUAAUAUCUUCUACAAGGGGGUGCACGGAACUUCAAUAACAGAAGAGGCAAUUCAACUAAGAUGUAGUCAAAGCACUAGUUGCAGUAACAUUUUUCUUAGUGACAUUGACAUUAUAUCUGCAAAUCAAGGGAUUCAAACUCAUGCCUUCUGCUUUAAU